AUGCAGGUCCGAAGGCCUUCUGGCGUGACCCCACUGGCCAUUGUUCUUCCCCACCCCCCUCUCCCGCGUCGUCGCUCGUCGCUGCUAUCCGCUACCUCGGUUUCGUCGCCGCGAACUCCUAGUUGCGGCUCACCCAAAUGCUCAACUCUGUUCUUCAACAAUGCUACGAAUAGAAAGAGUACCGAUAGUUGGAAUAGUUCCAACGCAGACGAUUGUGAAUGGGAGUGGAAGCCUGAGCAGACGCUCCUGCUAUCAAGGACCCUCGACGCGUUGCCCGCUCACCUCUUGACCCCCUUCAACGGUCCAGUACCCCCGUCCAACCUAUUGGAUAAAGUUGCUAGAGGUGUCUGCCAAUCGAAAGGUCCAGUGGAAUGGCCUCAUUCUAUCCGCGCGACACGCGCGAAGCUCCUUGAGGUCGCCAAGUCUCGGGCAAAGGAGGAGGCUAUUGAAGGGCGCAAGGUCAUUGCUGAAGAAUCUGAGGCCGACUUCGAUGAGGAAAUGCCUGAAUUCCACGAGAAGGACGUUUUGCAACAGACCACUAACAUACAACGCAAGCGGCCAUUGUAUCGGCAGUCUAGUAUGGACUUUAUCAACGCCGAAUUGAAGGACAACGAGAGGAGUCGCCUUCCUCGUCCCGACCGUCUCUUUCGAGCAUUCCAUCCUUAUACACCCAGCCGUUCCAGCCGCCUGCUUGACCGCUCUUCGUCGCCUCCACCUGCUGGCGCAGUCCCUUCACUCAUCAACCCUUCGACCCCGUCUUCGUCGACUCUCAAUUCGAUCAACUCCAUCAGCCUGAGUGCUACUGCUCGACCCCGCGCCUUACGUCGUUCGACUUCGACAUCAUCGAGCAUGUCCUCCAUCAGUUCUUCUUCAGGGUUGUUCGUUAUGGCUGAUCCCCGUAUCCAACGUAUGCGCAAGGCAGACACUGCGUCAAUCAGUAGUAAUUCGGGUAGAGGUUCACCUCUUCCUUGUAUGCUCCACGCUCCUUCUAUCUACAAUCGGCCCCUCCCUCAAACCCCUGAUCUCAUGACGCCUCCACCUCUACCUUCAACCCCUGGCGCAUCGCACCGAACAUCGGCCAAGCGUGCACCUUCCUUUGGCGCCCUUGCUCAGGAAGUCCGGACGCACGGCAAAUUGCAAGCGUUGUUUGUGGGCGGGCACAAGUACUCUGACUCAACGAGCCGCAUGUACCCCAGCUCGGACGAAGAAGAGAAGAUUCGCUCUCGAUCUGCAAAGAAGGUGCGCACGAGGACCGGUGCCGCCGAUGCGAACGCUGGGAUCGUCGGGCUCUCUCCUUCGCCGAUAGCUACUCCCAGCAAAGCUAGCAAGAAGUCGACGGAGUCUUGUGUUUUGCCUGUGAAGGUGGAAAAGGCGAAGAGUCCCAAAGGACCGAAGGCCGAUACCCAGAAGAGCAAACCUGAUCGCGCCAAGGGGCUGGGGGUCGAGAAGCUUUCGAAGGCUUCACCAACUGAAGGUGCCAAAACUCAACCGAGCAGACACCGGCCAAUGAAUGUCCAGCGCAAUCCAAGUAUCCUAGGCGCCGAGCUCCCCGCCUUAGCUAUGAGCCCCACCCCCAUCUCGACGUCGAAGAGGGAGAAUCGUCACCAUCGUUCGCACUCUAGUAGCACUCAGGCUUCCGUUGGCUCAUCACCGUGUUCGCCUGUGCAUUCGUCGAAGCUAUGUUCUCCAGGUACCGAUGUGCAUAUGCAUAUCCCUGCUCCGUCUAAGGCUGGAGUCCCGGUUUUGCAACCAGCGCCCACCCAGAAAGUUCGCACUUUGAGACGAGUCAGAAGGCUAGCCCCAGCACGGAAGAUAUCCUUUGGCAGCUUGACGCCUGGCGAUGGCACGGAUGCAGACGUCGAGGGCGAGGGGGACGAAGAGGCCCUGGGAAGCGCCUUUCAGCUCAAGUAG